CAUUAACAGCUUUGACAAAGUUUUCUUUUCAAAAGUCAACCUCCUUGCGUUUGUUUCAUUCACUCUAAAAGCUUUGAUAAGUCUGAUAUCAGAAAUGGACAGAAAAAGUAGAAGCGAGAAAGAAUACUUACAAAGAAGCCGGUCGGAGUUACAAGCAAGAAGAAAACAACUUCCAGGGGACAAUGAGAAAUCUUCCUCACCGAAAGCCGUCAGCAGAGAGAGCACGCCAAAUAGUCAUAAAAGAAAAGUGAGUACAUCUUCUUAUACACCAGACAGAGGAAGGAAAAUGACUCUGUCAAGUCCUCAAGAAAGACAAACUUUUGUCGAGAGAACCCCGAGCAGAGAAAUUACAAGUACAACUUUUAAUUCUCCAGCUUCAAAUACUAGAUCGGCGCGUCAGCUGAACUCUCCCUCAAAUUCUGGAAGAAAAACGGGUAAAUCGGAUGCAAGUAAAAAUUAUCAAAUUGGUAGAACGCCAUCGAAAUCUUCACAUUCCUCUUUUACUAACACACCUUUAAAAUCGAGCGAGGAAAAACGCCAAAAAAGAUCUGAAACACAGAAUACGAUAUACGAAUCGCCAAAUAUCAAUACAAUUAAAAAUUCAGAGGCAAUUUGUAAAGAGACACCAAAAAGCAGGGAGAAAAAAUCUUAUCAAGAACGAGAACUCAAGAGAAUGGAGGAUUCGUGGACCAAGAACUUGUCCCCAGACGAUAGCAAGAGGUCCUUGCGAAGUGGAUUAGAACUUAAAGAUGCGAAACUACCUGAACCCGAAAUAACAAAGAAAGAAAAAACGAAGAGAAAAUUGUAUGAGGAAACCUUUGUACGGAGAAAGAAACUGCGCAGCGAAGUAAAAGAUGAUGAAUUAUGGGAAGGAAUUCUGCCAAUUCGUUUUAAACGCCUUACACCGAAGAAGCAAGCCACCUUAAAAAUCAAGACGUCAUCGCAGGAAACAAACACUAAUGAAACAAAAAACGGGGGAAAUUCUUCGAACGCUCUUAACGUCAACAAAAGAAGAAGCUUUGCUGAUCUUUACGUUGAAUUCUUGGUGAAAACUGAAGAAUUUUCAAAGAAUGGUGUUGAAAAUGUGAAAGGGUCGGUUUCAAAUACGUUUCCCUGCUUAGACAAGAGUACAAUUAAAUGUGAACCCGUUUCUUCUAAAUCUGAGUCAGAUAUAACUAAAUCAAGAAAAGCAGGCGUUAAUGAAAAGGAACUUUUCUCUAUAUUCAAGGAAGAAUGUGUAUCAAAAAAGAAUUGUAAACUCAAAGAGAAAGACAAACAUCCCGUUCCGAACUUCAAGGAUAUUACUGAUGACAAAAAAGAUGAUGAUAAAAAUAUCAGUUUAAACAAACAUCAUUUUUCGACCUCGAAUAUUAAUAGCAAUGACAAAAGAGGUGAUGAAAAAAGUUGUGCGAGUACCGUUGACGAUAAUAUGGUGACCCCAAAGCGCAGUGCGAGACUUCAGGAAAAGAGGACGUCUGCUAAAGCGAAGUCUUUUUCUGACCAGUUGCCUACCUGUCGUGAACCGGAAUCUAGUUUGAAGAAGAAAAAGUCUGCUAGAUCAUUAUUACUCGAAUUCCCAGAUACUUUAGGUGAUAAUACUGAAAAGCCAUUGAAAGAUAAACUUGUGAAGAAACGAGAUCACGAGGAGAGCGCAAAAACAUCAGCAAAUGUUUCCAGACACUCGACUAGUACACAACAACACGAAGAAGCGGGAAGCAGCAAAAAUGUGCAGAAUAUUUCAAAGACAGACGCUAAUGGUAAAACCGAAACUGUUAAGCGUUAUCAGGCCCAGAAAAAGGUCAGAAACCUUACGGAAAAACAAAAUAACAAUCUGCAGGCCAACCAAAAUUCUUUUGGAAUGGCAACAAGAAGAACCCCAAAACGUGAACGCUGUGAACAGAAAUUGUCCGAGGGAACUAAUACAGUAAAUGAACAUAGAGAAGAUGCUUUAGGGUUGACAAAUAAUGAAAGUAAAAAUGACACAAAACAGACAAUUAAAGCCAAAGAAGGUAUUAAAGAGAGUCUACUGGGAUACAGAACAACUGAAAGGAGAGGUGUGGAGCAAUCAAAGACAACCAAGACUAUGUCGCAGGAUAAUCGUAAGAAAAAAGAAAACGCAAGUCAACCUAGAGACAACAAACUGAAAAGUAAAGGUGAAUUUAGAGUUCAGAAAUCGAAUAUAGAGAUCGAAGAAACAGAAAAUGGUGAAGAAAAUAACAAAAUGAAAAAUUUAGAUGUGUCAGAAUGCAGUAAUAAUGCAACGACAAGCACCGUAGACAUUUCCCUAGAAAACAGUCAAUGUGAAUUAACCAAUAAUAAUAAUAAUCCCUCCCUUCAAGACACAUUGCCGAAACGUCCAGAGGCGUCUAGAAAUGAAGAACACGACCAGGAUGACGAAAAGCAUACAAUCAAUGAAAAACAAGCUUUGAUUGACUGCAAAAUUAGUAUGUUGCAAUCAAAUAGUCCUAAGAUUGAAAACUCAUUUUCUGUAGUUUCAAGUGAAAACUAUGGUGUGAUUACAGAUAUCUUGAAUGCAAUUCUUACUGAGGUAGAAGAUUCAAAGAAAACUGAUGAAGCAAAGAACAAAGAAUCAUCAUCAUCUUCAUCAUCAUCAUGUGCAGCCCAUACAGAAGAAACUGUUAUUACAUCUCACCUGUCUGUUGUUAGGAACAUAAGUUCCAGCGCAAAAUCUGGACCUACUCCUACAGAAGAUAUUUCAUCAGAUAAGACUACUGACAUUGCCACAACUUCUAACCAACAAACAGUUCUUACUGCCACUGAUCAAUCAGAGCCAAAAACCAGUUCCAGUUCCAUCAACCAAAAUCCUGCAAGUCAAACGAUUGAGGAAACCAACGUACACAAAGAACGGAAACCAAUCAAAAUUGUGAUGCGAAAGACAAACCAGGGGGCUAAAAUAGUCGAUAAAAACGUGCAAAAACUUAAAAAUAAACCUGUCGUUGUUCUGCCUCGUUUGGCUGCUUCGUGUUCCUCUGGGAAUCCGUCAGCUUCUAGAACAAUAGAGGUGAACGUCAAAAUAGAGUCAAAUAAAACAAACCAAAAUAAAGCUAAAAGCCCUGUGCAGCAGAAUAAGAAAAUAUACAUUGGUUCCCGCGACAAAGGUAAAACACAGACCCGAAGCAGGACACGAUCCGGAGAAGGUGAGAUCACGAACGCUUUAGAAAAUCCGGAGACUGAUCUCAAGUCUCCACGUAGUAAAGGGAAGAUUCACCGAAAGCAGCUUAAAGGAAACAAUUCCACAGAAAGGAAAAAGAUACAAAAAGGAUCACAAAAAGGUGGAAAGCCGUCAACGCCAACCAGAACCUCUGCUUUCGACCUUGCCCUUUUGCAGAACCAGACUAUAGGGAAACAUGCCAGUAUUCUGUGGUCAAGCGAAAACCGUCGACAUUUCCAGCAAACUCAUCAGGAUCUUGAUUCUGCGGGAGUGGAGGCGAUAAUGCGAAAUGCUUGGGAGACUCUUGGUAGCAAGGAAAAGUUAAAGUAUUACCAAAGAGCUUACAGCGCAACCAAUGAUGAAAACCGCCAUUCUACACAAAAGAAGAAACCUAAAGACAACAACAAAGAUGAUUUUACCCUUAAUGCAGCUAUGACAAGUUUUCUGAAAUCAAACCCAACCAAGCAAUACGAACAACUCAAAAGACGUCUAGAAUUCGUCUAUAAUAUAUCAAGCCAAGCUUACACUAAAUUGAUGGAAGAAUUCAAAUCAGAACUACAGGGAGUCAAAGAAAAAGUAUCAAAGAAGACAGACAUGCAAGCUUUGUAUCGUAAGCUUCUAUUCCAAAGUAUCCUCGACAUCUGGGACACCAUUCUUCAAAUGGCCCAACAGAAGCGAGAGCAGCAGAGAAAGUUGAUCCAGGAGGAGUUCAGUGAUAUCACCCGGAAGUUGAUUGUCGGCGAAGGUGUAUGUUUCUCUAAAACCGUUCGUUCCGAAAAGUUGGCCGAGCUUCUUCUAGAUCUGAACGACCUUGAAACUAACAGCAAAGUGUCUGUCAGCGGAGAGCCAAUCGUAUGCAGCGAAUAUGACGCCAUAUUGGAUGACUUGCUGGAAUGUGAAUUCGAGUCUGAUGAUUGGUCAAUUUUAGAAGAUCUCCCAGAGGCAAAUCCAAAGCUUUCUUCUGAAAUAUUUUCUAAGGCCAUAUCAGAGAAGAAAUUACCUGAGCUGUAUGCUUCAUGCAUUGAUGCGGAUUUUAAUUCAUUAUUAGAAGAAACUUCCGUAGAAAAGCUGAAGCACAUUUCUGGCGAAUUUGACCAAAUCGUGUCUCAAACGUUCGAAAACCUUCAAAAAGACAACACACAACCUUGUUGCGAGCUCAACUCGCCUUCGUGCCAUCUCAAUAACUGGUUGGUUGCGGACCAUUUUCGAGGUCUAACAAAAGGCGGAAUGACUGAUGAACAAACACUAAUUGACCCAAAUGUCUUGGCACAAGUUCUAAAACCUUUGAAACCGAGAAAGGCACAAGAAAAGUUUUUGUCCAUCACGAAACAGGGUGUUAAAUGUGAAGAUACUAACAACAGUUCCAGGAAUGUUUACUUACAAACUGUUCCUAGGUCGUACAAAUACCCGUAUGAUAUGGUGACCCUGUCAAGAUCGGCCAAUGUUAUUUCUUCGAGAGUGAACAAUAGCAAGGGGCAAGUUCAUCCUAAUAUCCGCUUCAGAAAUGCUCAUCGAGUUACCUAGGGUUAGGGUUUGGGCUCAGGCUAGGAUCAAGGGCUAAUACUAGCAAUUAAUUAGAGUUAGGGUCUGAGCUAUAGAUAAAAUUAUAUGUAGACUUAAAAAAGAGGGGAAUAUUGUGAUAAGUCUCAUAUAAAAAUGAAAAUUUACAAAAAAAUCGGUAUACGAUAGAUGAAUUGAGCAGUAAUUUGAACUGAAAAUUAUUGCUUCCUUGAUACUGUUAUUGCUAAAUUUAAUUAUUCCAGAAUGUUAUGUGACUUAAUUUUACUAAAUCGUAUCUUAAUAAACACCAUCUGCAUCAUCAAAAA